AUGGAAUCUGUGCUGCAUGCUGUAUUCAAGAAGUACCCCGACCAAACCUCUCUCGAGUGUCUUCUCCCCUGGCUCUUAUACGCUGUCAGACCACUCACGAUAUGGGAACUGGCGACUAUCAUCUCGUUCUCAAAUGAGAGGGAAUGCGCUAAAGUAUCUCCCAGUUUCAUGGCUGUCGAUAGGCUUAUUAAGAAGGUUGAGAAUGACUUUGCUGGUAUUCUUGAGGUGGAUCACAACGAGGUCAGGUUUAAGCACCCACGCUUUCACGAAAUCAUGGUCAAUGGUGAUCUUUCAACUCAAAAUGCCGAAAAUAAGGAUUAUCUGUGGAACAAGGUCAAAGGAAAAGCUCACCACCUCAUUCAAACCAUGUGCCUGGAAUACCUAUCUAGAGAUUCUGUUCAGGACUACGUCAGGGAGACCUUUGCAAAACGAGUUGUUGAAGAUCUUCUUGGUGAAUACGACUUCACGCCAAACGAGACAUGGGAGGUUCUCAAAGCUGCGUCUUCUUCUGGUAGUGAGGAGCUGAUGAUUGCCCUGCUGGACAAGAUAGAAGCCAAGGGGAAGAUACCUGACAACUUUGAGUGGCCGCCUGUGCUGAUAUACCGGGCUGCUAAUUUGGGUCUAGAGGGCUUUGCCGAAAGGAUACUUAGUCUUGGGUGUCCCGCAGAUCCAGAUGUUGACUGGAGAAACGAGACAUCUAUGCAGGUAUCCCCUCUAUAUCAGGCAGCUUGUCAUGGGUAUACCAAUACGGCUCGAGUACUGCUGAAGCAUGGCGCCAGUAUGGAGUACACGAGUCUAUCUAGGAGAAACCCGCUUCACAAGGCUGCGCUAGAAGGCCACACCGAGACCAUCAAAGUCAUUUUAGAGGAGUCAGAGGUCAACAUUGAUUGUCCUUCUGAAACAAAUUUCACUCCCUUGUAUCUGGCUGUUCUUGGAGGCAACCAUGACACAGUGAAACUGCUGUUGGAGAAAGGCGCAGACCCGAACAUGGGCAACUCAGAUUCUCACACCAGUGACGAUAAAUGGGCACCCUUGCAUGCGGCCACCGACGACGGUUUCAUGAAAUGCAUCAGGCUACUUCUAGACAACGGAGCUAACCCAAACAUUCCUGGACCGUCUGGAACGCCGCUGCAUUGGGCAAUUACUCACAGCCGUAUCGAUGUCCUCGACAUGCUUCUUGGAGCUGGUGGUGGUCCUCAAAGUCAGGCUCUCAAGAAGCCUCUUCUAGUCACAAGCGUCGGGUCAGAGCUGACAGAAGCGAGUCUAGGUAUGCUGAGAAGACUUCUAGAGCUUAAACUGGACGUCAACUGUAAGGACCUUGAGGGAGACACUCCACUCACCACUCUAAUACGCUCGGGCACAAAUAAACCAGCCAACGAAUACAUUCACAGAGACAAAGCUUUGAAAAUGCUGAUAGACCAUGGAGUUCACGUCAACCUUGCCAAUGAUGAGAUGUGGACGCCGUUACAAUAUGCAGUUAUUGUGAAUUAUGGCAAUGCAGUCCAGAUGCUGCUAGAAGCAGGCGCUGAUCCGAACUUGACCUUUAAAGACAACCGGACACCUCUCUGCUCCGCGCUUCACUAUCCCAAGUUCCUUGUGUAG